AAUGUACACAGUACAAUGUCGGGAAUUCACGGGCCCAACGCCUCAUUCAGUUGCUGUGAGGGCGAAGUUUCCGUCAGCGAAACCGGUCGAUCACAUCAUCCUGGACAGAAGAAGGAAGGAGGAGGCCCACGACAAGCUGCUGGACUUUACCCGGUACCAGAACACCUGCGACAUGAAGUCCCAAUGGGAAAAGACCACUGAUCGCCGCAUUGUCCUAGGCACCAUUCAGCGGCGGGUCCAGGAGGCCAUGAACCAGUAUCGAAUGGGAAUUGAUGAGCGGAGGGAGAGGUUGCGAGACCUGCUGGAGACAGAGGAGAGGGAGCUCCUGCAAGAGAUGGAGGCCAGUAAGGAGACAGACUUGGAAAGACAGGCCAAGAUGUGUGAGAGAGCCAAAAUCCUGAGGGAGAGAAGGGAAAGCGACAGACAGAGAGUGGUGGCGGAAAAGCUGGAUCAGCUCUUCAGGGAGCAGUGCGAGGAGCUGCGGACGAUGCAGACGCAGCGGCUGCAGCAGGAGGUCUGCGCGGAGCGUGCUGCUCAGCUGCGCAGCCAGCGGGAGGCGCGGCAGCAUCGCGAGGAGGAGGACCGCCUGUACGCGGAGCUGUGGGAGAGAGACCGGCUGGCCAAGGAGGGCCGCGAGGAGCGCGAGGCGCAGCAGCGGCAGCACAACAACCGGCAGCAGCAGGAAUUCCUGCAGAUGCAGAUACAGGCGGCCGAGCAGCAGAGGAUGCAGGCCAAACAGCUGAAGGAAGAAGAGGCGCAGCUGCUGCGGGAGCAGCAGGAGAUGCUGCAGCUGGAGGAGCAGCGGGAGCGCAGGAGGAAGCUGCAGAGCCAGCAGCAGACCAGCAGGCAGCUGGAGCACUCGCUGCGCCUGAAGAUGAAGCGCCUGGCCCGCGAGCAGCAGGCCGAGCUGGCCCUGGACAUGAGCAUCAUGCAGCAGCUGCUGGGGCAGAAGGACGAGAGCCAGGACAGGGAGCAGAGGAAGAUGCAGCUUCGCGAGGAGCAGCGCCGGUAUCAGCAGUACCUGGCGGAACAGAUGGAGGAGCAGAAGCGGCAGGAGGCGGAGGCGGAGCAGCUGUUUGAGGAGGAGCUUCAGCAGAACUUGGCCCGCAGGGCGGCGCAGUUCCGCCGGGAGCGGGAAGCUCGGGACCGCCUGAUGAGGGAAGUGAUGGACACCCGGCGCCUGCAGAUCCAGUACAAAUUGGAUCAGAACAACCUGAAACAAGCUGAGCUGGCACAAGAGAAAGAGGAGCUGGACCGAAUCAUCGCGGAGCACAGAAAGCUGGAGGAGGAGCAGAAAAACAGCAUUAAGCAGGCCAGCAUGGAGCACCAGGCAGACCUGCUGGCUCAGAUACUGCACCAGCAGCAGCUGAGAGACAAAGACCGAGCUGAGGCCGAGCAGGAGAUCCAGAAAGGCAUGGAGUUCCAGCAGGAGUACCAGAAGAAGGUGCAACGGCUCCUAAGCCAGCCCAACUCCACCACAGGCCGCACCCACCCCUUCAGGAGGAACAAGGCCCUGUCUUCCUCUGGGGAGCGAUACAGCCAAGCCUGAUUCAGCCAGGC